AUCGAGGCGGCGGUGGAGGCGAGGACGGCCGACGGCUACACCCUGCGCCUCUUCGUGAUUGCCUUCACGAAGAAGCAGAGCAACCAGCUGUCGAAGAACUGCUACGCCAAGACGCGCCUGGUGAAGUGGGUGCGCCACCGCGUGACGAACCUCAUCCGCCAGCGCCUGGCGAAGGUGAACAUCAACGACGCGGUGACGCUGCUGACCCGCAACAUCCUGCGCGACCGCCUGACGAAGCGCUGCAACCCCAUCGUGCCGCUGCGCGACCUGCGCAUCCGCAAGGUGAAGGUGAUCCGCACGCCCCGGUUCGAUGCCCAGGCGCUGCUGAACGCCCACGGCGAGAUUCCGGCCUCGGCUGAGGGCGAGGCGCGCGUCGUCGAGGAGGCCGAGGAGGCCCCUGUCGCCGAGGCCACCGCCUAA